UUCUUCAUUACUUACGUAAUGCUAGGACGAUUUGUGUAGUUUUGGGACGAUUUGGGUAAUUCUAUGGACCGGUGUUUACCUACACCAGCUGACUUGUCUCCCCCGUGCUGGCUACCCCGAGCCUUGAGCUGACGCCCUCGUGCUUGGUGUCCCCUGGAGCUGACGCCCUCGUGCUUGGUGUCCCCUGGAGCUGACGCCCUCGAGCCUACCGUCAUGGAGAAGCCUCAGGUGCUGGUAUAUGUUGAGAAGAGCCUCAAUUACAGCGCCUUUGAUGUGAAAUGGAUCCCGCGGUCGGCUAAGGUGGUGGCCAUUGGUAGCCACCCCCAGGGCACCGGGGCCCUCCAGGUGUACGAGAUGAGCGACGGAGACCUUAAGCUGCUGCACGAUGUGGAACGUCCCAAAGCGUUAAAGUGUGGAACAUUUGGAGCCUCAACUCUGGAGGAUCGACACUUAGCCACGGGAGAUUUUGAAGGAAAGAUGGAAAUUAUUGACCUGCAGUCUCCUGAAAUGCCAGUUUAUUCUGUCAAGGCUCACAGUCAGAUCAUCAAUGCAAUUGAUGGAGUUGCUGGGCUGAACAUUGGCAAAGGUGCACCAGAGAUUGCCACUGGCAGCAGGGAUGGACUUGUAAAAGUGUGGGACCCCCGUCAAAAAGAUCGGCCAGUCAUCACCAUUGAACCCAAGGAUGGUGAACAGAAGCGUGACUGCUGGAGUGUGGCAUUUGGAAACUCGCACACUACUGAAGAAAGAGUUCUCUGUGCUGGCUUUGAUAAUGGUGACGUGAAAAUGUUUGAUCUUCGCAGCAUGGCUAUUAAGUGGGAAACAAACCUUAAAAAUGGUGUGUGCUCACUUGAAUUUGACCGUAAAGACAUAUUGAUGAACAAGCUUAUAACCACUACCUUAGAAUCAAAAUUCUACAUCCACGAUCUUCGAACAUUCCAUACAGAUAAGGGCUUUACAAGACUUAUGGAUAAGGGCCACAAGUCUACCGUGUGGUGCGGGAAACAUUUGCCACAAAAUCGUGAAGUCUUCGUCACAACAGGUGGUAAUGGUUCAGUUAUGCUAUGGAAAUAUUCCUAUCCUGCAUCAAGGUGCAAGAAACUUGAUGAUGGGUCAGAGAUUGGGGUUGUUGGGGAGGUGAAGCUCCUGCAGAACUCUACCCUCACCAGUCAGCCCAUCACAAGUUUUGACUGGAGUCCAGAUAAGAUGGGAUUAAGUGUAUGUUCAGGACUUGAUCAGACAAUUAGAGUUGUCAUUUUUACAAAACUGAAUACAGUGUGAGAAAAAUGUGGAAUAAAGACUGACCGUAUAUAACAAUACAGUAUAUAUUUAUUCAGCGAAGCAGCUAUGUGAAUUUUUUUUAAUUGCAUGUGUAUGCUAAUAUGCUUAGUUCUUCUUCAUUGUGCAUAAUCUUGGCACCUAUUACUACAUUUAAUUGAUAUUUUCUCAUUUUUAAACUAUCAAGUUUAGUCUUUAUAAAUAUUUGAAAAUGAUAAUGCUUUAGCCAAGAUGAUAGUGAAUUGGCUACCAUAGGUGGCCUUUGACCUAGCUUGCAUUGCACAAUCCUUCCUCAGUUAUAAAUGAUUAGUUUGUUUUGAUAGUGUGUGUAAACCAGGUUCCUAAACCUCCUUCCAAUCAAUUACUUUAAUACCUCAAUUCAAUAGCCUUUGAACCUAGCACAGUUGGCUCAUAACCGAUUGAUCCCAAGUUUGAUUCCAGGGCAAGAUGUUUAGGUAUGCAUCCUGGAGGAUUGCCACACAUUGGAAAAAUAUAUUUGUUGCGUUUCUAAUAUCCUUUACCAAUUCUUGCUGAAAUGGAGAGAAAAAAUAAAUAUAUAUAUAUAUAUAUAUAUAUAUAUAUA